GCGCACUGGUCCACCUCCAUCCGCUCCAUCUGGCGAUUCGCCCGGCCGGGGCCCAAAGAGGAGAGUGGGAGGGCGCGGCGCGGCGCGGCGCCGGGAGCCCGUCCGUCGUGCCUCCCCGGCGGCCGCGCGAGCUCUACUCGAGGCCGCUAGAAGCCCGACCGGCGGGCCUCGCUCCGACGCUCGCCAAAAGCCAACGAUCGAGCCUCGUUCCUACCGCAUCGCCCUCCGUCCCCAAAAAUAACAACAACAACGGCGACCCGGUUCCGAUCCGACGACGCUUCCGAGCGUCAGUCCAAAUCCGUAAGGACGCUGGCAUCUGAAAACCAAUGUUAACGGCGGCGGGUCAAAGAGCCUAGUCAAAUGUCGCUCGGGACGCGAGAAGUCGGUCCAAAGUCAGCAGGACGGCUCCAACUUUGCCGUCACGUCCGUCCGCACGCACUUUAGAGGCUCGAGUCGGGGGUCGCCGAUCGAUCUACCCAGCCGAGGCGGGACUCCCGGGCAGACUCGCACGUCCGGCUCGCCCUAAACCCGCCGAACGGGCUUCCGGAACAUCUUGACCGCGUUCGGUACCAGCCGCAACUUUCAACAAACACUCAACGGACCCGUCGGAGACUACAGAAGGGGGUGGUCAGCUGCGACGAGCAGGCGGGCGAUCGGUGCCCUCUUGUGCUCACGCGGAGAACUGCAGCACGCGCGCAGGAAACCGGAAAGCUAGACUCGUUGACGUCCAAAAUAAUGGCAUUUUUAUUUUAUUUUUUUUUAAUCACUGACGCAAACUCUCGUAUUAAGGCGCCUCCCUGUCCAUUUUCAACUGUAGGAAAUAUAAGUAAUGAGGAGUCAAGUCAAGCGCGGAUACGUGAAAAGGAAGGUAACUUCCGGCUGCACUUGCAGCCAGUGGCUAGCAGCUUGUAGUUAGCAGUAAGCGGAACACCGGCCAUGGCGCCGCUGCGGGUCUUGUGCCUUCACGGCUACCGGCAGAACGGCGCCUCGUUCCGGGAGAAGACGGGCGCCCUCAGAAAGCUCCUCAAGAAAAAAGUCGACUUUGUCUACAUGGACGCGCCGCACUCGAUCGAACAAGGCCAGGAGAGCGGCGACGGCGACCGUCGCGGCUGGUGGUUCUCAGACCCCGGCGCGCGGACCUUCGACGCUCGGCAGCUCUGCGAGGACAGCUCGGGCCUGGACGAAAGCGUGGCGGCGGUGCGGGAGGCGGCGCGCCGUCACGCGCCGCUGGACGGCGUCCUGGGCUUCAGCCAAGGCGCCGCUUUGGCGGUCGUGCUCUGCGCGUUGCGGGAAUCGGGCGCCGAGCCCGACUUGAGCUUCCGGUUCGCCAUCCUGGUGGCCGGCUUCCGCAGCCGCUGCGCUCGGCACCUGACCUUUUACUCCGCGCCGCUGGAGACGGCGUCCAUGCACGUCUUCGGCCUGGAGGACGGCGUGAUUCCCGCCGACGAGAGCCGCGAUCUACUGGCCGUCUUUCGAGAACCGGAGGUCAUGACGCAUCCCGGCGGACAUUUUGUCCCGGCCGCUUCCGCUCACAGACAAAACUACCAGGACUUUCUGGAGCGCUUUCAGUAAUGGAGGAAGACGAGGUUUUUUUCCGUGUCAGUUGGCUGGCGGGUGGCCACAAAAGGAUUCCCGUGCCACAAAAGUUGAAACAUCACUUGAUAAAUGAGUGCGGUAAAAAAAAAAUCAGUUUCUCAUUUAUGUCCUAACAAUUUGCUCCAACCAAAUUCCAACGUCAAAAAAGUAAGUCCUAACUAAUAAAGAGCGUCCAUUUAAGUCGAAAAGUCAAUUUGCUCAAAAUGUCAAUGCGCUUUGGCUGCAUAAUGCAUGCUGGGAGGACAACACCAGAUAAUUAUGAACAAGGAUUUAGAAAAUGAAAGGCUUAUAACAGUGUGUAUAAAAAAUCAAUUCAAAAAAUCCAGUACCAACAGUAAUUCCCAUGUAUUUACCAAAUACACGGUUACACAUUUUUUAUCCUAAUUGUUGAGCGAUUUGAAAGAUCUACAUCACAAACUCAUACAUCCAAUGUUUCAAACAAGGUUCAUGAACAGAUUUUUCAAGGUUUUGUCUUAAAAGAUGCCACUUUUCCCUCAACCUCUACAUCCAAUUCCAUCUCAAAGCAAGUUUUGUAUUUGCAGAAAUUUUGCCAAAGGUUUGCCUAAAUGGCAAAUUCGUCCAAUCUUUUCUGAGGAAAAAAAAGUCAAAGAUCGUGUAGAAAUCUCCUUUGUCGCUUGGAACCAAAAGCACGCGUCUAUUGAAAACACGAUGAAUCCAGCAAAGAUGUCGCAGAUGUUCUUGCACACGUUUUCAUGAUGCGCUCUACGUGGUCCUGGAGGUGGGGCGGGGCUAGAGCCGGGGUCACCGCCCGCCUCUAUAACAGACCCCCACCCAAACACGCACGCUGUCUAUCGUGUAAAUUUUUGUUUGUGUUUUAUUGGCUGCGCUGGUUCUCCCUGAACAGUAAGAGUUUGAUUUGCUGUUAUUUGUCGAGCGUGCGGGAAGGCGGAGCCUACACUGGCCCCGCCUCCCAAAUGAAGCGCUUAUUUUCUUCUGCUGUGUCUUGUAAAAAACCCCAAAUUGUUUUUCUUCCGGUGGUGUUGAGCAUUUCAACUAACGCGUUAAGGAUGAUAAAUUGAUGAGAAAAAGAAGUUUGCAUUUCCAAACAACGCAGUCACCGCGUAUUUGCGCACUUCUCGGUACAACCGACGAUGAUGGAAGCAAGUUUAUUUCAAAAUAAAACUAGACUUCUUACGCUCCCGUGGAGGUCGGAUGCAAUAUUAAACACACAAAACAAGACAAAAAUGACACAAACUGAGGAUUUCAAUCGGAGAUCUAUUUUGUUUUCCAAACACGCCCACUACCUAAUGCACAAUAGCACAAGCUGAGUGGUUAGCACGUCUGCGUUACAUUUCUGGAAUCAAGGGUUGGGCCUUCCUGUGUGGAGUUUGUAUGUUCUCCCCGUGCCUGCCUGGGUUUUCUCCAGUUUCCUCCCGCAUCGCCAAAACAUGCGUGGUAGGCUGA